AUGGCCGUGUCUUCUCCCCCGAUUAUCCCGGCAACUUCGAGCGGCGGCGGCGGCAGCGGGGGCAGCGGCGGCACCGGCAGCGCCAGCAGCGCCGCCAGCGCUGGGGGCUUGUUCCGGGCGGACGCGCUCUAUCCCUCCAGCCCGUCGGAGUCCCCGCGCCUGACGAGCAGCCUCAUCCACAGCUUCAUCGCCAGCACCGCCAACGCCGCCACUGGCGUGCCGGGCAGCGGAGCUGGAGCAGGAGGAGGAGGAGGUGGCGGCGGCGGCGGGAACGAGUGCAAGAUGGUCGACCUGCACGGGGUGAAGGUGGCUUCAUUCCUGGUGGACGGGCAGGAGCUGAUUUGCCUGCCGCAGGUCUUCGACCUCUUCCUCAAGCACCUGGUCGGAGGGCUGCACACCGUCUACACCAAACUCAAGAGGCUGGACAUCGCGCCCGUGGUGUGCACCGUGGAGCAAGUGCGUAUCCUGCGCGGGCUGGGCGCCAUCCAGCCCGGCGUCAACCGCUGCAAACUCAUCACGAGGAAGGACUUCGAAACUUUGUACAACGACUGCACCAAUGCCAGGUGAGAGAGUGUGAGAGAGAGAGAAAGAGCGCGUGCGUGCGUGUGUGGGUUUGUCCCUGUGAGGGGUGUAUUUUUUGGGGGGGGGCAUAGGAUAUGGCUGUUCAGGCCUCCCCCUCCACCGGGGUCCCGACCGUAGUGAGGAGCAGAGAGGUCCGAGUCCCUCCGGCCACGGCUCCCUUCCCUGAAAAAAACGGGUCCGAUUGAGGGAAGCGCCCCUUUCCGUGGCUGA